UUAAAUGAGAUGUUUUCUUGGUUCAAAUUUUGUGUGUAAGAUUUUUUAAUCGUGAGGCACAUUGAUGUGUUUUGAAAACAGAGUGUAACAAAAACAGUGACCAUUUCUCCUUUGAGAGUGAAAGUAAUGACAUAAAAAAAUAAUUAAUCUAGGUUUUCAUUACACUGAGAAGACAAUUCGUAGGCACCAUUGUCCAGAAAUCUUUGAAAAAAUGCCUAAUUAGUGUUCUCAUCUAGCUUGGAAGAGCCAGAAUUCUGAAGGUGUCACCCUGACUUUUGAAGGAUUGUACACGUAAUUCAACAUAGCUGUGUGUGAAGAGCUCUUCACACAUCUCCGCCUUUCUUUUAGUUUGACAUACAGCACUGCAAAAGAAGUUAAUUAAUAGUUUUGUAAAUAAAUUACUUUAGGAGGUACACAGAGAAAUUAAAGAAGUGGCGGGAAAGGUAGGAAAAGCAUUAAGCGAGAAGGAAAAUUGACAAGAUUGAGAAAGGAACUUCUCCAUCUGGCUAAAGAUUCAGGGCUCAAAAUUCCUUUUCCAGCCAUGACUGGAGUGUGUGGAAGGAAAUGACAGCUAGUCCUCACUAAGCACCUGGUGAACAGAAAGGCUCUUUCCAUGGUGUUAACUUUGCAGUAGUUCUCUGGGUUUUCUUGCUUUAGGAUGUUAUAAUCAAGACGUAUUGAAAGUGUAGCUUCUCUUUUUGUAAUCUUGCGAUUCUGAGAACCAGCAGUACGAAAUGUAGAGAGCAGUGAGAUGAAAAACAGCUUGGGAAGAGCAGCCUACUUUAUUUUCUCUUACAGCUUGAAAAUAUUUUUGUUUUGUUGAGAGGCCAAGGUUUGAAUUGGCCCAAUUCAUAUUAAUGUGGUUUUACCACCCUUACUAAGUAUACUUAACCUCUCCAUUGGACAUUUUCCAUCUCUUUAUUUAUUAUUAUUAUUAUUAUUAUUUUUAACUUGAACUAGCCCUUAGUUUCACAACAUUGGCUGCCCUCCCUAGGGGCAUGAAAGUUACCUGAAUGAAGUUUAACUCUAAAACAUACAGUAAACCUUUUAAAUUUGGUCACACUUGCCUCUGAGCCACUGUUAAUACAACUAAAUGGAUGCCAAAGUUAUUGUGAAAAACAUUUUUUCCCUAUUCUUUUAAUCCUCUUAUGUCAAAUGGAUAAGUGAAUUUGUAGAGUAUCAUCAUUCAAAUUUGUCCUUGUUCUUCCUGCAGUUUUAACUAUAAUCUCAACCUCAGAAAAUGAAAAACUUCUUCCAACAUCUUUGCAAAUAAUUUCUCUUGUCUAUGAAACAUUUUAUGGCAAAAAUAUGAGGGAAUUAUAAGGCUUAUGGACCCAGUAAAGGUUUGUGCUGAAUGUCAGUUGAGGUGCAUGGCAGAGGGGCCAAGUGAAGGCAAAGAAAGCAGGUGGGGAAAUAGAAAACAUUUUUAGUACCUGGUACAACUUAAAUUUGCUACAAUAGCUUUGUAAGACCCCAUUGUGGGAAGAUGCUCUGGUGAGGCUUUUUCUGCAUCUGGGAAUUUUACCAUGAAUUUCAGGUCUCAACUAGGAAAAAAUCUUCACUCAACUUGGUAUUCUGGACUUUUCAGGUGUUGUGUCUUUUUGACAGCAAGAGAAUAAGAUAUUUUCAUUUAUCGGCUCCCAGAAAAGUAAAUAUUGUUAUUUUGAAGGGGUAUGUGUUACAGGAGCAUCUCACCAUGUGCUUCCCCUUCGGAUAUAUUUUAAUUCAUUUAAAGAUAGCCUUAAAAAACAAAUAUUAGGGACAGUUUUAAGGGGUGGUGAUUUUGAAAGUCAGAAACCCUAAGACUGGGUGUGAUGAUGAUUUUAAAAAAUUCUUUUAUUCACUUAUUUUGCAGACAACUAUUCAACACCUGUUCUAUGCCAGGCACUGUGUUAGCUACUGGAAAUGAAACAAUGGCUAAUAUAGUUAUAGUUCCUGCCUUUUACAAGGCUUGGUAUCUAACAAGGAAGUGAGGUAAUUAAACAAAUAACGUAAGAGUACAUACAUUUUGUGAUAGAUAAUCAUGUAGUUUGUCAUUCAAACUGGGACCUGAAGAUGAAAGGGGAACUCUUAAUAAUUACCCUGGGCCAAGAGGUUUAAACCGAGAUCACCCUGGGCAAAAGGAGAUGCUUCUGACCUUAGGGUUAAGAGAUCCAGAGAUGGUUACAGGACUGUGUAUAAGGAUCACUUAAUCCAGUCUGUAUGUGGUGAUGGUGGGAGAAAGAUUUUUAGGAAGAAAUUAUGUUGUUACUCAUGGGACUGCUUCUUCAGGUGGGUUCUCUCCUGCGGCUCUCUAAUGACUGCCUGUACCUCUGGAAGCCAAAUGCUUUAUAUUUUUAUGACCAGGUGGGAGAAAGGAGUCUGCUACCCCAACAGCUCAACCCAAGUCUUAGAUUUGAGUCUUAUUGGCCGGAUGGACUCAUGUGCCCAUCUCUGAACCAAUCACUGUGGACCGGGGAAUGGAAUAUGGAGACUGGCCUAUCCUUAUAACAGGCGAAUUCAGGAUAGUGUUAGGGAGGGGAAUGGGUUAAUAAUAAAGCAGUUGGCAGAUACUACUUAGCCCAAGGCCUGGUGGCUAGGCUGGUUCUCUUCUUUCUAAUCGGAGGCCUCUACCACAAACAUGCUCCGCCAGAUCAUCAGUCAGGCACGGCAUCCGAGCUUGAUCCCCCUCUUUGUAUUUAUUGGAGCUGGAGAUACGGGAGCAGCACUGUAUCUUUUGCAUCUGGCAUUGAUCAAUCCGGAUGUUAGUUGGGACAGAAAGAAUAACCCAGAACCCUGGAACAAACUGGGUCCCAGUGAUCAAUACGAGUUCUAUUCAGUGAAUGUGGAUUACAGCGAACUGAAGAAAGAAGGUCCAGAUUUCUAAAUGAAAUGUUUCACUAUAAAGCUGCUUUAGAAUGAAGGUUUUCCAGAAGCCAUCUGCACAAUUUUCCACUUAAUAUAUUUCUCCUCUAAAUACAUGAAAUAAUGUUGAUGUAACCUACUGGAGAUUAUACUGAUUAAUAAAUAACUGA